CUCAAUAAAAAACAAGAGAUCGACAAAGAAAUAGCGAAAGCAUUCAAACUAUGGUCAGAAGUGACACCACUUUCGUUUGAGGCCAAAAAGGAGGGUCGCGUUCACAUUGACAUACGCUUUGUGAGCGCAGAACACGGCGAUGGAGACCCGUUUGACGGACCCGGCAAUACGUUAGCGCACGCAUACUUCCCUCAAUACGGAGGAGACGCUCACUUCGACAACGAAGAGUAUUGGACCAUCUCUUCAUACGCCGGGACAAAUGUGUUUCAAGUGGCGGCACAUGAGUUGGGUCACUCGUUAGGGUUGGGCCACAGCAGCGUUAGGGACUCAUUGAUGGCUCCGUUUUACCAAAAAUAUAAACCCAAAUUCAAACUGCACCAAGAUGACACUCUAGCCAUUCAAGCCCUAUAUGGUGUUCGACACACUGCCAGCGAUCCGGCUGACAAACCCGUGGAAAAACCUAAACCCCUGGACCCGGACCCCAGCGCUGACGGACCAGAUCUAUGUCAAGACAGUACCAUCGAUGCGGUCACCCGUAUUAGCGACGGCACAACAUUUGUGUUCAAAGGCCUUCACUAUUGGAAAGUAGAGACAAAUGGUUUGGCGGACGGCUAUCCGAGAAAGAUCUCGAGUGAUUGGGACGGAUUGCCCGGCAAUUUAGACGCUGUACUCACAUGGGCUGACGGCAAGACAUUCUUCUUUAAGGGCGAUAAGUAUUGGAGAUUCAAGAAUAUGCGAAUGGAUAAGGGAUACCCAAAACCUAUUAGCACUGGCUUUGCCGGCAUUCCUGACAAAAUCGAUGCGGCAUUUGUAUGGAGUGGUAAUGGAAAGUCAUAUUUCUUCAAAGGUAACGAGUACUGGAGGUUUGAUAGCAAGAAUGACCCUCCGGUUAGCAAACAAUACCCGAAACCCAUUAAGAAUUGGAACGGUUUGCCCAACAAUAUUGACGGCGCCUUCAAAUGGGAGAACGGAAUGUCAUAUUUCUUCAAAGGAUCUCAAUAUUUCCGCUUCAAUGACGUCGACUUUGAGGUGGACACUAAAGCUAAACCUCCGUUCCCUCGACAAACUGCCCAGUGGUGGUUUGACUGUCAGGCCGCUAGUCGUAAGCAGAAGAAGAAGGAACUGCGGACCCGAAGCGGUAGUCUACUGAAGGAAGAGUCGCGUUCGGUGUAUGUGGGAAACGGCGACAGCAAUGACAUGGACUAUAUGGCCGACAGCCAGAGGACGACCACUUCGGCGUCGAGUGACGCGCGUAUAGUGCGAGUGGACAAAGAGGACAGAGAGUGGCGAAUGCACGGACGGCCCGAUCGCGACGAAGCGGCCGCCUUCGAGUCGGGCGCCUCAGGGACAGCAUCUUUGAGUUCAUUAAGUUCUUCUGGUGAUAGACCAUGAUUUGGUUCAUUAAUUAAAUUACAAAUACAUUAGAAUUGUCUUUAAAUUGUUGUCACAUUAAUUAACGGACGAAUAAUUAGACGAUUUUUGGAUACAAAUGCGAUAUAAGUUUUAAAUGCAAUCAUUAUUAUUAUUAUUAAUAACUUAUAAUUAAAUGAAAUGCAAUACUGUUUGUGAAACUCACGCAAUCAAACACUUAUUAAUUAUUAAUAACGUUAAUAUAUUUUUAAUAACAAUUUAUAACUUUUUUUUAUAUAAAUAUCUCAUUUUCAUAAUUCAUUUGGAUUUUUACUUAAUUUAUAUACAAAACAAUCAUUGAAUCACUCACUCAAACAUCUAAUGGUUUUUAAAUAAUAAAAACAAUUAAAACAAAUAUUAGUUUCUCUUCAAAGAAGAGUUAAUACCGGUAUUGAAUUGUCAUAAACUGUAACCCAAACCCUAACCCAACCAUUAACCCAAAAUUAACCCAAUAAUAACAAUUGUCUCUCUCGUGCCAAUCAUCACACAUUCCUACGAAAGCUGUCGUUAUAUUAAUUUUGUAUGUAAUUUAUUUGUAGUCAAAACACCAUUAAUGUAGUUGUGAUACAAAACGCUUUCAUUUUAAUAAAUCAAUUUUUUGUGUAAAAAA